GGCGGAGCGCAGCAAAGGCUCAGGUUUGCUCUGCGCUGGGCGGCAAGGGGAGGCGUUAGCCGCGGCGCGGGCCGGACUGACGGGGGAGGGAGGCUCUGGUGCAAGGACGCGUUUAGAGCCCGACCCUCAACGGCCGGCUGCCAUUUCCCUGGCCCCGAGGGCAGGCGGGGGGGGGCUCCAGCAGCACAGCGCGGCCGGGGUGGGCCGUAGCGCUCUCUGCCCACCCGCCACUUUCACCGCCCCGCGGCCCGCUAAGGGAGCAGAGCGGCCUGACACCGCCCGCAGUCCCGCGGCGGCCCGCCAGGGGGCGCUGCUCCAGGCGUUCGGCGCCCUGCGCUCGGGUCGCGCAGCCCUCACGUUCCCCCUCCCUCACUGCAGCCGCCGCCGAGGAAGCGCCCGAGCCGCCGCCGCCGCCGCCGCCGCCCGGGGACUCCGGCCAUGGCUACGAAGAAGGCCGGCUCGCGGCUGGAGACGGAGAUCGAGCGGUGCCGCUCCGACUGCCAAUGGGAGCGGAUCCCCGAGCUCGUCAAGCAGCUCUCGGCCAAGCUCAUCGCCAACGAUGACAUGGCAGAACUUCUCCUUGGGGAGUCAAAACUAGAACAGUUUUUGAAGGAAAAUCCUUUUAAACAGGGCACUAGUCCCCGGGGUCCCCGGCCAAAGCUGACCGAGGUCAGGAAACAUCUCACUGCAGCGCUUGACAGAGGAAACCUAAAGCCAGAAUUUUUACAAGAAGCCAACUUAAUUAUGGCCAGGUUAAACUAUGUGGAAGGUGAUUACAAAGAAGCUCUUAACACUUAUGCUAGGGUUGAAGUUGAUGACCUGCAGCUUGUUGCUGUGCCUCCUUAUAGGCUGAGGAUGAUUGCUGAAGCAUAUUCUACCAAAGGUCUUUGUCUAGAGAAGUUGCCAAUUUCCUCUUCAACUAGUAACCUCCACACGGACCGUGAACAAGAAAUCGUUACGUGCUACGAGAAGGCUGGAGAUAUUGCCCUCCUGUACCUUCAGGAAAUAGAAAGGGUAAUAAUUACCAAUAUACAAAACAGAAGCCCUAAACCGGGGUCUGCAGUACAUGAACAGGAACUGGGAUUUUUCCUAGAAACAGGACUCCAAAGAGCACAUGUCUUGUAUUUCAAAAAUGGGAACUUGACAAGAGGAGUUGGUAGAUUUAGAGAGAUUCUAAGAGCUGUUGAAACAAGAACUACACAAAAUCUACGAAUGACAAUAGCCAGGCAGUUAGCUGAAAUUUUGUUACGAGGUAUGUCUGAACAGAGUUACUGGAAUCCACUGGAAGACCCUCCUCACCAGUCACCUCUUGAUGAUCCACUCCGGAAAGGCUCAAAUACUAAAAAUUAUGCACUUAGCAGAAGACCCCGUGUGUACACUGGAGAAAACAUUUUUUGUCCUCAAGAAAAUACAGAAGAAGCUCUAUUGUUGUUGCUGAUUAGUGAAUCUAUGGCUAACCGUGAUGCUGUACUGAGCAGAAUACCAGAGCACAAAAAUGAUCGCAUCAUCAGUUUGCAAAGUGCAUCUGUGGUCUAUGAUUUGCUUACAAUUGCCUUAGGGAGAAGAGGUCAAUAUGAAAUGCUAUCAGAGUGUUUAGAAAGAGCGAUGAAGUUUGCAUUUGAAGAGUUCCAUCUUUGGUAUCAGUUUGCAUUGUCCCUAAUGGCAGCAGGAAAAUCUGCUCGAGCUGUGAAAGUCUUGAAGGAGUGUAUACGUUUGAAACCAGAUGAUGCUACUAUUCCACUCCUUGCCGCAAAGUUAUGCAUGGGAUCUCUUCACUGGUUGGAAGAAGCGGAAAGAUUUGCCAAAACAGUUGUUGAUGUUGGUGACAAAACAUCGGAGUUCAAAGCAAAAGGCUUUUUAGCACUGGGACUAACUUACAGCCUGCAAGCCACUGAUGCAUCUUUGCGAGGGAUGCAAGAGGUCCUGCAGAGAAAGGCUCUUCUUGCAUUUCAGAGGGCCCACAGUUUGUCUCCAACAGAUCAUCUAGCAGCAUUUUACCUGGCACUGCAGCUUGCCAUAUCUAGACAGAUACCAGAAGCUUUGGGUUAUGUUCGUCAGGCUCUUCAACUUCAAGGAGAUGAUGCCAACUCUUUGCAUCUCCUUGCACUCUUGCUGUCAGCCCAGAAACACUAUCAUGAUGCUUUGAAUAUAAUUGACAUGGCCUUGAGUGAAUAUCCGGAAAACUUUAUAUUACUGUUUUCAAAAGUCAAACUGGAAUCCCUGUGCAGAGGCCCAGAUGAGGCACUCCUUACCUGCAAACAUAUGCUACAGAUUUGGAAGUCCUGUUACAAUCUCACUAACCCCAGUGAUUCGGGACGUGGGAGCAGUCUGUUAGACAGAGCCAUUGCUGACAGACGACAGCUCAAUACGAUUACCUUACCUGACUUCAGUGACCCUGAAACAGGUUCAGUUCAUGCAACGUCAAUAGCAGCCUCCAGAGUGGAGCAGGCACUGUCUGAGGUUGCUUCAUCUUUGCAGAGCAGUGCUCCUAAGCAAGGUCCUCUGCAUCCUUGGAUGACUCUGGCUCAAAUUUGGCUUCAUGCAGCUGAAGUCUAUAUAGGAAUUGGGAAGCCUGCUGAAGCCACAGCAUGUAUUCAGGAAGCAGCUAACCUCUUUCCAAUGUCACAUAACGUCCUCUACAUGAGAGGUCAAGUGGCUGAACUUCGAGGAAAUACUGAUGAAGCCAAACGCUGGUAUGAAGAGGCCUUAUCAAUCAGUCCUACCCAUGUAAAAAGUAUGCAGAGACUGGUGCUUGUGAUGUCAGUUUUUCCAGGAAAAUACUUGGCAGGCAGAACAUAGAGGGACCAUUUGUCAAAUAUUUUGUGUUAAAGUGUAAAAGUAUUUAUAAUGUUUGUCUGCAGACUAGACUGUUAAUUAUGAGUCUUAUUUUUUUAUUUUUCCUAAAAACACUUGCACUUCACCUUUAGCAAAGUUUUUAAAAAGAUUAUACUUGAAUUUUGAUCUGUUUUGUUAGAGUUUUGAUUAACAGUAUUGGACUGUAAAACUUUUUUCUCCUUAUUGUGCUAGGAAGAUGUUUUUAAACAUUCAGAUUCACUUUGCUGCACAGCAGAACAGUGCAAUCAAUUUCUCAGACCUAACCUUUUUAUUCAAAAUGAUAAACUAGUUUCUGCCUAGGUGCUUAUGAAUUAUUCGGAGAGGUAUUUUUCAUGUACCGUAAGGGGGAACAUAUGAAAGAAAAGAUCAAAUAGGAAAAUAGCAAAGGGAAAUUUUUGUUUCACUUUUCAGCUUUCCAAGAUACUUGAGCCUAUUCACAAAUGCCAAAAGGUUCUCUUUUUGAAGGAAGCAUAUGGUAGACCAAAAACAGUGUAGUUAAAUAAAAAUGAGAGCUGUAUAUUAUGUUUUUUGCAUUAUUUUAGUUAGAAUCCACUUUAAAUAAAUGUUUCUUUACAAACAAAAUGCUGUGCAGAAUGAAUGAGGGAAGUUUGCAAGAUGAAAUAUUUCUCACUUAUUUCUAGUCUUUUACAGUCAAAGUUUCUUUAUUUUGAGCUUUUGUAUCUACAUGGUUUGAGAUGUUUUAGAGUUCUGACUGGA